AACAGAAGCUCCCAGAGCGGGGACACCAGGGGACCAGCCAAGAGAGAGACAAGCCGCUGCAGAGCCCCCUGGAGAUAACCUCCCAGACCACACACCCCCGACAGACAGCCAGGCAACUCGCUCUCUCUCACACACCCUGCCACAAGGCUCUCCUGUCUCCCGUCUGGACUUGAACCCUUCUGAAAAAGACCAUGAGCACCAAAAGCAUGAUCCGGGACGUGGAGCUGGCGGAGGAGGCGCUCUCCAAGAAAGCAGGGGGCCCCCAGGGCUCCAGAAGUUGCUUGUGCCUCAGCCUCUUCUCCUUCCUCCUGCUUGCAGGAGCCACCACGCUCUUCUGCCUGCUGCACUUCGGGGUAAUCGGCCCCCAGAGGGAAGAGCAGUCCCCAACUGGCCUCUCCAUCAACAGCCCUCUGGUUCAGACCCUCAGGUCAUCUUCUCAAGCCUCAAUUAACAAGCCGGUAGCCCACGUUGUAGCCAACAUCAAUGCUCAGGGGCAGCUCCUGUGGUUGGAUUCAUGUGCCAAUGCCCUCAUGGCCAACGGUGUGAAGUUGGAAGACAACCAGCUGGUGGUGCCUACUGAUGGGCUUUACCUAAUCUACUCCCAGGUCCUCUUCAGGGGCCAAUCCUGCCCUUCCACCCCCUUGUUCCUCACCCACACCAUCAGCCGCAUUGCAGUCUCCUACCAGACCAAGGUCAACAUCCUCUCUGCCAUCAAGAGCCCUUGCCACAGGGAGACCCCAGAGUGGGCUGAAGCCAAGCCCUGGUACGAACCCAUUUACCAGGGAGGGGUCUUCCAGCUGGAGAAGGGAGAUCGCCUCAGUGCUGAGAUCAACCUGCCGGACUACCUGGACUAUGCCGAGUCUGGACAGGUCUACUUUGGGAUCAUCGCUCUGUGAGGGCGCAGGACAUCCAUCCUCUCCCACCUCAGUUACCUUAUUAUUUAAUCCUUCAGACCCUUCUCAUCCCCUUCUGGUUUAGAAAGGGAAUUGGGGGCUCAGGGCUGGGCUCCAAGCUUACAACUUUAAACAACAGCUGCACUUAGAAAUUAGGGAUGUAGGGAAGUGAGACCUGGACAACGGGGCACCAACCACCCUCAAAGACUGGAACUGGAACUUCCAGAACUCCCUGGGGUCCACAAGUUUGGGUUCCCGGAUGCAACCUGGGACACCCAAAAUGUGGGGGCCAGGGCUCUUACUGGGACCCUUCGCAACAUUCCUUGAGAAGAUCUCACCUAGAACUUGACAUGAGUGGACUUCAACUUUCCCUUCCUGCCAAUGUUCCCAGACUCCCCUGAGGUGGGAAGCCCAGACCCAACCCCACUGGGCCAACUCCCUCUGUUUAUGUUUGCACUUGUGAUUAUUGAUUAUUUAUUAUUUAUUUAUUAUUUAUUUAUUUACUAAUGAAUGUAUUUAUUCGGGAGGUCAAGGUGUCCUGGGAGACACAAAGUAAGGGCUGCCUUGGCUCAGAUGUGUUUUCUGUGAAAACGGAGCUGAACUGCAGGUUGCUCCCACCAUGCCUCCUGGCCUUUGUGCCUCCUUUUGCUUAUGUUUUUUAAAAAAUAUUUAUCUGAUCGAGUUGUCUAAAUGAUGCUGAUUUGGUGACUGAUUCGUCGCUAUAUCACCGAACCUCCGCUCCCCAGGGGAGUUAUGCCUGUAACCGCCCUACUGGUCAGUGGCGAGAAAUAAAGUGUUCUGAGAAAAGAAA